CAGGUGAUCACCGUCCUGCUGAUCCACCUGACAGCCGGGGGCGAGAUCCGGGAUGCUGCCGAGGAGAUAGAUGUGCCGCCUGCCCACCGGGCUGCCCCUCCACGAGCCCCGCCUGCUGCGCCACUGGGUCCUGCCCCACCGCCGCCUACUCUUGUGACCUCUGCACCGCCUCCCAACUAUCCGCUCUUCUUCCCAGCUGCGUGGCUGCCAUACGGACGCUUCAGCGCCUCCAUUCCCCCCCUGAUAGUGGCAGGUCCUGUCUAAAAGGCCAUCCUGCCGCACGCCAAGGACGAUGUUGCCCCUCUUGUUGAAUUGUUUUCCUCCUGUUACAGUUUUUUGUUGUUGUCUGAUUUGAAUGAAAUAUAUAUUUAAAUACGA